CUCCUUCGUUCAAAACUCCCUUUUAUAUCCUCCCUUCCUCUUCCCCUGCUUUCCUUAGGAAGUCCCUAUUCUCUUACUUCCAACUCCAACAACUCCUUUCUCCCCCGGCAUUCCCAAUUCCUUCUCCCACUCAUUCAAAUCUCAUCCAUGGAGCUCAAUCAGCAGCAGCCGGCGGCGGAGGAAAUCAUCUUCCGCUCCAAAUUGCCCGACAUCGACAUCCCCAACCACCUCCCCCUCCACUCCUACAUCUUCCAGAACAUCUCCAACCACGCCGACCGCCCCUGCCUCAUCGACUCCCUCUCCGGCCAGAUCCUCACCUACGUCGACGUCCACCUCACCGCCCGCCGCGUCGCCGCGGGGCUCGACAGCCUCGGCGUCAAGCAGGGGGACGUGAUUAUGCUCCUCCUCCCUAAUUGCCCCCAAUUCGUCCUCGCCUUCCUCGGCGCCUCCUUCCGGGGCGCCAUUGCCACCGCCGCCAACCCCUUCUUCACCCCCGCCGAGGUCUCCAAGCAGGCGAAAGCCUCCGGCUCCAAAUUAGUCAUCACGCAGUCCGCCUUCGCCGAUAAGGUCAGGGAUCUCGCCGCAGGCGGCGAGAUUAAAGUCGUCUGCGUCGAUUCGGCCGCGGUCCCUGACUGGUGCUUGCAUUUCUCUGAAUUGACCGGCGCGGACGAGGCGGCGGCGCCGGAGGUCGAGAUCGAGUCCGACUCGGUGGUGGCGCUGCCGUACUCUUCCGGCACUACGGGGUUGCCCAAGGGGGUGAUGCUGACUCACAAGGGGCUGGUGACGAGCGUGGCGCAGCAGGUGGACGGCGAGAAUCCGAAUCUCUACUUCCACUCCGAGGACGUGAUCCUGUGCGUUCUGCCGAUGUUCCACAUCUACGCUCUCAACUCGAUCAUGCUCUGCGGGCUCCGGGUCGGGGCGGCGAUCCUGAUUAUGCCCAAGUUCGACGUCGGGGCGCUGCUGGAGCUGAUCCAGAGGUACCGGAUCACCAUCGCGCCGAUGGUGCCUCCCGUGGUGCUGUCGAUUGCGAAGUCGCCGGACACGGAGAAGUACGAUUUGUCGUCGAUUCGGAUGCUGAAAUCGGGGGCGGCGCCGCUGGGGAAGGAGCUGGAGGACGCCGUCAGGACCAAGUUCCCAAAUGCCCGACUCGGCCAGGGAUAUGGAAUGACAGAGGCAGGACCAGUGCUGUCGAUGUGCCUGGCAUUCGCCAAGGAACCGUUUGAGAUCAAGCCGGGUUCCUGUGGAACUGUUGUCAGGAAUGCUGAGAUGAAGAUUGUCGACCCUGAUACUGGAUUCUCCCUCCCCAGGAACCAGCCUGGCGAGAUUUGCAUCCGAGGCCAUCAAAUCAUGAAGGGGUACCUGAAUGAUCCCGAAUCCACAUCAAGAACAAUAGACAAAGAAGGGUGGCUACAUACCGGCGACAUUGGGUUCAUUGACGACGACGAUGAGCUCUUCAUUGUUGAUAGGUUGAAGGAGAUAAUUAAGUACAAAGGUUUCCAGGUUGCCCCUGCUGAACUUGAAGCCUUGCUACUUGGUCAUCCUGAAAUUUCUGAUGCUGCAGUUGUCGGGUUGAAAGAUGAGGCCGCGGGGGAAAUCCCAGUAGCAUUCAUCGUAAAAUCGGAUAAAUCUGAGCUUACUGAGGAUUCAAUCAAGCAGUACGUCUCUAAACAGGUGGUGUUCUACAAGAGAGUAGGCAAGGUGUUCUUCAGGGAGUCGAUUCCAAAGGCACCCUCUGGGAAAAUACUGAGGAAGAAUUUGAGAGCAGAGCUGGCUGAUGGUGUCAAACACUGAUCAACCACCGGUUACCAUUACAACUAUUGUUUAUUAACCCAUCCAGAAAGAAAGCUUAAAAAGGGGUCCUGAAGCGGACCUGUGUUUCUCUUUCUCACUUUCUCCCUUCUCAACUUUCUUCUCUUCCCUUUUUUGCGCCCCUUUUUCCUCUCUCUUUUGGCUAUUUGUCAAUUCUCAUAUGAAUAUUUCCCUACGAUUGAUUGUGUAAAAGUAAAAGACAGGGUGGAACAAUCAAGAAUGUACUUACUAUUGUUUGUGAAAUUGAAUCAAUACAAGAAGAAAACAAUAUCCAUAUUGUUUUUCAAAAGCU